AUGUUUUUCCUUGCGUGCGCCGUCAGGUUGCUUGGAGAUUUUAUUCAUAGUUAUUUGCUCAGCAAUUUGCUUAGAAUGGAGGCGCCUCAGCAUGCAACUGCCUGUCAGAUUGUCAUCCAACUGGCGAGAAUCGGUGUAAUAGCCGCUGUUACUUACUACUGCGCCAAAUGGCUGGUGAGCACCAUAGAUCCGACCAAUCUGGCCAAGAAGAAGGCCAAGGAGCUGGCCAAGCUACAGUUGAAAAAAAUCAAUAAGUUCGCCAAUGCGGGCAAAGAACUGAAGCUAUGCGACUUCAACUGCCACGAGCUGAUGAUAGCCUCGCAUUUGGUGGCGCCCAGUGACAUUGAGGUCUGCUGGGCGGAUAUAGCCGGCUUGGAUGGUGUGGUACAAGAGCUGCGCGAGUCUGUGGUGCUGCCGGUGCGUCAUCGGAAUCUCUUCAAGCACUCGCAGCUGUGGCGGCCACCGAAGGGAGUGCUGCUGCAUGGGCCGCCCGGCUGUGGCAAGACGCUCAUUGCCAAGGCGAUUGCUAGAGAUGCGGGCAUGCGCUUUAUCAAUCUCGAUGUGGCUGUGCUGACGGACAAGUGGUAUGGCGAAUCCCAGAAGCUGGCAGCUGCUGUCUUCUCGCUGGCGCACAAGUUGCAGCCCUGCAUCAUCUUCAUAGACGAAAUAGAAUCGUUUUUGCGUGUGCGCACCUCGGGCGAUCAUGAGGCCACGGCCAUGAUGAAAACGCAGUUUAUGAUGCUCUGGGAUGGGCUCGUCAGCGACGCCAGCUGCUCGGUGCUGGUGCUGGGCGCCACCAAUCGGCCGCAGGAUCUGGACAAGGCCAUACUGCGACGCAUGCCAGCGCAGUUUCACAUUGGACUGCCGCAGGAGCAGCAACGCUUGCAGAUACUUAAUCUCAUACUGAUGCAGGAGCGGCUGCAUCCACUGGUGGAUCUGCCUAAGCUAGCCGCCAUGACGCCAGGCUAUUCGGGCUCUGAUCUGCGUGAGCUUUGCCGGCAUGCCAGCGUCUAUCGCAUGCGCAGCUUCAUGCGCGACAUUAUCAACAGCGCUGAGGGGGGCAAAGCCAAUGGCGAGUGCCUGUUGCUGUCGAGUGAGCUCUGCAUAGGCAUGGAGGACUUAGUCAAGUCGCUGGUGACCAUGAAUGCCUCCAAGCUGCAGACAGGCUGCGGUGUGUUGGGAAAAGCUCCGGACUUGGACUAGAGCAUAGAGUUUGAGAAUCAAAUAUUUAGGCAAGAGUGAGGCUGGUUUAAAUUGUAAAUAAUGUUUUUGGCAGAUAAAAUGUGCUGGCUAACAGUCUAUUUUAUUAUAGUGUUUUUAUUUUAAAGCCAAAUAAAUGUAAAU